CGCCGGCCUGGUGAGCAUGGAGAGGACUUGUCAGCGCCGGACGAUGACCCCGUCACAAAGCCGGCUGAUGGCGGACACUCCCGGGGCGCCGUGUGCGAGUGCGUGCCCGAGCGCAGUCCUGUCGGGCUCGGGGAAGCGGACGCCUGCGCAAAAGGCGGUGGCUGCCCGCUCCGCCCCUUCCGAGCCCCGCGCCGGCGCAGUCGUACAAGACCGAGCUGCGCCUGCGCGGUCCGAGUCCCAGACGGUGGCGGCGGCAAUGGAGCCCGCGGCGCCGCCGAGCGAGCUGGUGUCGGCGGAGGGCCGGAACCGGAAGGCGGUGCUGUGCCAGCGCUGCGGCUCGCGGGUGCUACAGCCGGGGACGGCACUCUUCUCCCGCCGGCAGCUGUUCCUGCCGUCCAUGAGAAAGAAGCCCGCCCUGGCCGAUGGCGGCAGUCCCGACGGCGACCUCCUGCAGGAGCACUGGCUGGUGGACGACAUGUUCACCUUCGAGAACGUGGGCUUCACCAAGGACGUGGGCAACAUCAAGUUCCUGGUCUGCGCAGACUGUGAAAUCGGGCCCAUCGGCUGGCAUUGCCUAGAUGACAAGAACAGUUUCUAUGUGGCCUUGGAGCGCGUGUCCCACGAGUAGCGGAGGGGAGGGGGCUCUGCUCCUCCGAGUAUAAGAGCUGCUUGUCCCCAGAGCCAGUGUGGGCUGGUGGAACAGUCCUGCUGCUACUUCUCUGCCCCAAUUACAGUGCCACGCGUCCGGCGGGCGUGCAGAGGCUGCAGAGGCUAACUGCCCGCCUCCUCGGCCUGCUCACUUUGCGCCACAGCGUCUCCUGGGCGCCCCUUCCCUCGGUUCUGGACCGGGGCGUUUCUCAGAUGUCCUGUCCUCCCAGCGCCCUGCUGGACUCUCCUUGACCCCAGGGCUCCCUGGGUUCCUGCUCCCGGAGAGCAAGCAGUCACCAGCCUUUUAGACAGAACAACACAUGACAAAGAUGCUCUUGAAACUCUCGUUCAAGACAGCGCACAGGUGUCAGAGUGACUGUUGUGUGGCUUCCUUUACCAUAAUUUAUUCUUUUUCAGAGGUUAGCAUUCACAAGCUUUUGUAUUUAAACCAUGAAUCAGGACCACUUUGGACACACCUCCUGUACCAGGUGUGAGGGCCUCUGCUCGGGGCUGGCGGGGUUGGAACUUUCCCGGGGCUUUCCCGGGCCUCCCGGCGCCGCAGAGAAGGAGGGGCGCAUGCAGGAGGGGCGGCCUUCUCUGCACGGGUCGGUGCUUCCUUUGCUCUCGGCAGAGACGCCUUGAUGGAACCUGCUGGGCCUGCCUCCCCCAGGGCAUCGGCUCCUGGGGGAUCUCCCCCGGCCCCGAACACAGACAGACAUUCCUCCAGCUGUGGGGCCGCUCUCUCGGAGCGGGCAGUGUCACAAACCUGUCUGACUUUCGCUGGGACUCUCCCCCAUUCUGUCCUUUCUCUUCUGAAGUGCGUCACCUG